UUCAUUAAAAUAAGUGCAAGUUAAAAAAUAAUGAAAUAAUGUUUUUUAUCUGUAAGAUUGUCAAAUAUUGAAAAUAACUAAUUCUGGACAGUAUUGAUAAAAGGGUGGCAGGAGUAUUGCUAUGAAAUCUUGAUACUAGUGUAAAUUGGUACAAACUUUUAGACAGUGAUUUAGCAAUGUGUGUGUGUAUGUUUAUAGAAAAAAAAAUGAAAAUAUAGCCCAAACUAUUAAGAGUAAUAGGGAGAUGUGAUUUAUAGAGUUAGUUAAAAUGUUUUUUAUAAUUCUUAUGUUGUUAAAAAAUUAUCUUUACUAUGGGUAUGGGUGGUUAAGUAAGUUUCAUAAUAUUAAAAUAUAAACCAAAUGCAUUGUCAUCGAGUUGAUUGUGAAUGUAAAAAUUGUCAAUCAUUAAUGUGAGGACCUCUCUGCAGAGUAAAGAAACUUUAAGACAAUGGCUGGAGGAAGGAACAAUACAGCAAUCACCAAUUUCAUCCUCUUGGGGUUCUCAGAUUUCCCUAAAUUCAAGAUUGCCCUCUUUGUAGUAUUCCUUGGGAUAUACCUCUUGACAAUGGCCUGGAACUUGAGUCUUAUCACCUUCAUCAAGAUGGACUCCCAUCUGCACACACCCAUGUAUUUCUUCCUCAGCAAACUUGCCUUCUUCGAUAUAUGCUAUGUUUCCUCCACAGCCCCCAAGAUGCUCUCAGACUUCUUCCAGGAGCAGAAAUCCAUCUCCUUCAUGGGGUGCGCCAUGCAGUACUUCUUUUUCUCUAGCUUCGGUCUGACUGAGUGCUGUCUUCUGACAGCCAUGGCUUAUGAUCGAUAUGCUGCCAUUUGCAAGCCUCUGCUUUACACAGCCAUCAUGUCCCCUACCUUCUGUCUGAAGAUGGUCGUGGGAUCUUGCAUAACCGGAUUCUCUGGCUCAUUUAUCCAACUGUGUGCCUUACUUCAGCUCCAUUUCUGUGGUCCAAAUGUCAUUAACCAUUUCUUCUGUGACCUGCCCCAACUGAUGAUCCUGUCUUGCUCUGAUACCUAUUUCUUACAAGUUAUCGUCUCUGUGCUCACAGUGAUCUUUGCACUGACUUCUGUGCUGGUUAUCAUGAUAUCCUAUGGUUAUAUUGUUGUUACCAUUUUGAAGAUCACUUCAGCUGAAGGCAGGUCCAAGGCUUUCAACACUUGUGCUUCUCACCUGACAGCAGUGACCCUCUUCUAUGGCUCAAGCACCUUUGUCUAUUUAUGGCCCAGCUCUGAUGAUUCCCUUAGCCAAAGCAAGCUUGCUUCUAUUUUAUAUGUUAUGGUCAUUCCCAUGUUAAAUCCAUUGAUCUAUAGUCUCAGAAACAAGGAAAUCAAAGAUGCCCUAAACAGAUGGAAGAAGAGAAUUUUCUCCUGA